UUGCCGGCUGCUCUGUGGCGGCAACAAGCAUGUCGACCUUUGACGAUGACGAUAUGGACUUCGGGGAUGAUGAUGAUGGGGACGAUUUCUUGACGGGCAAGCUUGCAGCGUUGGGCAUCGACGAAGACCUCGAGCUUUCGGGGGGCGAAGAAGAAGACGACAACCCUGCCCCCGCCACAGACCCCGCCGCCGAUUCAUCCAACAAGCCCCCCUGCGUCGUGGCACCAUCGCCACAGCAGGCUUCCGCUUCUACAGCAGCAGCAGUACCUGCCGCAAGUCGUUCGACGGCUCCCGCGCCCGCCGAUGAUUGGGGAGCACCACCAAGUGAUGGCUGCUCCUCCGGUGAUGCGGGCGUUUGGGGAGAAGUAGACUCGUGGGGGGAGACCCGAAAAGCAGCACCGACCGCCAAAGCACCACCCGCUGCGGGAAGACGGGAAACAGCGCUAUUGGAAGAUGGGGAGCUCGUGCAGAUGAUCGACCAGCCCUUGCGGGCCUCUCGCGGCAGGGAGCAAAGGUCUGCCCGGGAUAGCGGUAGAGGCGGGGGGCGCAGAGGCGGGGGGGUUGGCGGCGGCAGGGGCAAGAGGGGGCGCCCGAAGAACGACGGCAAGGCGCGAGGGCGGAAUGUGACGAUCAAGGAGUGCGCCGAGUGGGUGUGCGAGCGCCUCGGCGAGCCCAAGUACUACCUCAUGUGCCAAGUGGUGUCCACCAUCGGUUACAACAAGACCAGGGACUUGCUGGAGGCUGUGCAAGAGACUCAGGACACGGGGGGCAUGCCGACCGCGGACGGGAGUCGGAAGCGCACCGCGGGAGGCGUUUUCUUCACCCUCCUCAAGAAACACAUGGAACCGGCCCGGCUCAAGGAGCUGUACGCGGACGAGCUGCGCGUCAAGAAGGAGAAGGACCGGGCGCGCAGAGCGGCCAACAAGCGCAAGGCCGAGGCGGCCUUGGCAGGGGAGGACGUCAUGACGCCUAGAAAUCCCCCGAGGAGCAGAGGGCGCGGCGGCGGCGGCGGCGGUGGUGGCGGUAGUGCCACGAGGGCGGGAAGAGAUAUGGGAAAAUGGGCCGGCCCGACCGCCGAGGCGGGCGGUAGGGACGGUUGCGGUGAUGCUGUUGCAGCGAAGCGCACACGAGCGGGCAUCAGUAGCCUCUCCAAAGAAUGAGACAGCGGGGAUGCUGCCUGCAAGGCGUUUUUACAGCAGGAACUGCCGUGCCGCUAGUAGUGCGAGAUUGAGCGACACCACGCGGUUCUUGUAGGGCCACUAUUAAAUGGUUACGAGGAGUCCGUGGCGCCGUCCAUCUAUCUGCCUCUCGCAUGUUGUUCUCGUGUGCACUUUCUCAGUGUCACCACACACGUUUUUUGGGCGGGUGAGUGAAGUGCUACGCUUGGCUUGGGGCGGCAGGUUUUCUCAUGCAUUAGAGGACGUGGGCGGUAGUGGCUGGAACUAUGUUGAAUAGUGCUUAUUUAUUGCGCUGGCGGUCGCACUCACGCCUGUUGUGGAUUUCAGAUCCCCCAAGGGAACUCGUCACAUGCCAACGGAAAUCUCGACUUGGCAGGGUUCCAGCUUGAAACACAACGCGCCCGGGACGCGGUUUGCUGUCAUGUUCCGUGUGUCAUGGAUUUGCCGUUGAGAUCGGCGUUGGCACUGUCGUGUCACGGUUUUACGUUUUGUACUUGGCUAUCAUCACCCUAUGGGCGAUAUUUUAAGUGCCGUUGAGAUAAGUAGGCGUUGGCACUGUCUUCUAACGGUUUUUACGUUUUAUACUUGGCUAUCGUCACCCUAUGGGCGAUAUUUCAAGGGUUUGUUGCCCUGGAUGUGAAUCGCCCUGACACCCGGUGGCUGGAGACCAUCAGGUCUUGUAGAUAUCUACUACAAACACUGGGUUAAGCUCGGAAAGACUUGUAUUUGACUCAUGUAUAGCUCGGGUCAACGGUUCAACAAGGUGGUCAGCCGCGCUUCUGUGAUGUUGAUCGGGCAGCAGAGCAUUCAUAAUUUCUGGAUUGUUCACAUGUCAUUGCCAUGCAUGUGUCCGAAACCCAAGAGUAUCUAUCCGUCUGGGGAACAGCGGGAGCGUGGAUGUUAGUUCUCAUUGAAAGUUAAACAAGUCCCU